ACAAGGUCAUCCAUCUCGUUCCCCCACAACUCCAACUACAGAGCGCCAACUGUUUCAAAACGAUCUACCUUACUUCCGAGGCUCGCAUAUCGUGUAAGACGACUGCCCUCAAUAUACGGGUCCUCAUUUGCCCAACCGCCCAGGUACGCGCGACUUCCUCCAUAUGCGAGCUUCCGCGACCAUGGUGCUAACAAUAGGCAUGCAUAGAAUACAAUAUAACCUCACGCAAGACCUCUACAAACGACCUUCGAAAUGUAAGCUGGUCUUCGUUCUCGUUUUGUAGCAUCCAAAAAGUCUUUCUGCUUGCCGCAUUUGCAUAUACCCUUUCCUGCAUCAAACGUUACCAUAAUUCCCUUCUUUUCCUAUCGUCAGCUCGGCAUCAGCAUAAUCUUUACAAACGUCACAAUGCCUUACGCAUAUCCUGCCCAUCCUCCCCCUCCACCACCACCUCCAGCUUACCCGGGCCCUCCCUCACGCACACCUUCUCGAUCACGCUCGCUGAACAUGAUGCCCAUUCGGAAUAGGAAUCGAUCUUUGUCGAUACGCUCCAAGAAGGAGUCUACGGGACUAUCCGACAAAUCGACACCCAAGCACCGCUUCACCAUGGCUUCCUUGCGAGGCAUCCAGCAGCCAGACCUGUCGAAGAAGCUUUUCAAGUUGAUCAAAUCUGAGAAUCAUGCAAUCGGAGCAUAUGAGACGGCAGGACGCGAGCGCAUCUCAAUCGCUCAGCAAUUAUCCGAAUGGGGAGAAGCCACUGGUGAUGAUGCUAUCUCGGAGAUUUCUGAUAAGCUGGGUGUAUUGAUGGCCGAAAUCGCGGAACAGGAGGACGUUUACGCACAGUCGCUCGAGGAUUACAGGGGGGUCUUGAAGCAGAUCCGCAACACUGAGAGUUCAGUCCAGCCUAGCCGUGACCACAAGUCUAAGGUGUCCGAUGAGAUUGCUAAGCUCAAGUACAAAGAGCCACAAAGCACUAAGAUCGUUCAGCUUGAACAAGAACUAGUGCGCGCGGAAGCCCAGAGUUUAGUUGCAGAGGCGCAAUUAACAAACAUCACACGCCAGAAAGUGAAAGAAGCGUAUGAUAUUCACUUUGCGGCCACAAUCGAACGGGCUGAAAAGCAGAUCAUCCUGGCAAAACAGGCACGUCGACUUCUCAAUCUCCUAGACGACACUCCAAUUGUACCAGGAGACGAACACCCUGCUUUCGAGGGAGCCGAAGCUGCCCGUCAGGUCCUUAAUGAGGCUGAAGCCGAGCUUCGAUCCUGGCAACCACAACUUGAACCGAUUCAUUCCCGGGCAGGAACACUUGGAGUUGGAGCAAUGCCGGGAAGCGCUCAGGUGAACAGUGGACGCAUCGAUUAUGGGGAUGAUAUUGCUCAAGUCGAUAGCCCUGAAGAACAUCCUGCUCUCAGAGAAAAGGAGAGAACUGCGCGGAGCCGCAGUGGCAGUGGUGAGCGUCGGGUGGCCAGUGGCGACUCUUUGGGUUCAAACUACGGCGGAGAGGUGCAACCCCCAUAUCCCAUGACUGAGGCUGAAAGACGUCAAGUUGCUGAAGCGGGGGUCAUCUAAAGUGUGUGUUUCCAGGUUGUCGGGGCGUGCCUCGGUAUUGUUAUAAUGCUUCUUACGAUUAUAUGUAUUAAUGUUGGUCUCUGGGGGGUUCGAUUGAAUUAAUGGCUAGGGAAUUGCAAAUACUCUGUUGGAUC